UCUGUUUCGUUUCGUUUUACCGCUUUUCGAGCUUGAGCGCUGUAGAUGAGGACUCGCGGGAAGUUUUAAUUGAUACGAUUUUCCCCGAUACAUCUUUCUUUUUUUCUCUCUUUCUUUCUCUCUUUUUUUCCGUUCGUCGUAAACGAUUCCGCCACGUGGGAAUAACAGUGCGAAGGAGGAGAAAACGUACCAGAGAAUCACACAACACAACACGCUGUUCAUCGGGACAAAACAACCAUGUACAAGCUACUAGGGGAUCUCGGUAGGUACCUGAAAUGGCAGGAAAUCACGACGGAUUCGAUGGCGUUUCGGUUGCACAACCAUUUCACAACGGUGCUGCUUUUCACGUGUUCGGUGGUGAUCACGGCCACCCAAUAUGUUGGUAACCCGAUCUCCUGUAUCGUUCAGGGUUUACCCACGCACCCUAUCAACACUUACUGCUGGAUUACUUCUACGUUUACUAUGCCGGACGCAUUUAAUCGACAGGUUGGUCUAGAAGUGGCGCAUCCAGGAGUAGCGAACGACUUCGGCGACGUGGACGCGAGGAAAUACUACACUUACUACCAGUGGGUGUGCUUCGUGUUGUUCUUCCAGGCAGUACUAUGCUAUAUACCACAAUGGCUGUGGAAUAUGUGGGAGGGCGGUUUGAUCGGCUCGCUGGUUAUGGGUAUGAAUCACUGUCUCGAAUGCAAGGAUAGCAUUGAAGCGAAAACAAACAUGUUGAUGGAUUAUUUAAUACUAUACAAAAAGACUCACAGCACGUACGUGUACCGAUACUUCGCCUGCGAGGUCCUCUGUCUAGUUAACAUCUUCGCUCAACUGUACCUGAUGAAUCGGUUCUUCGAUGGCGAAUUCCUCAGCUACGGUCUACGGGUGCUGCAAUUCUCCGAUAUUCCUCAGGAGGAACGCAUCGAUCCUAUGGUCUAUGUGUUUCCACGGGUCACUAAGUGUAUCUUUCACAAAUAUGGUGCAUCAGGAACCAUACAGAGGCACGAUUCCCUUUGCAUACUCCCAUUAAACAUCGUCAACGAGAAGACGUACAUUUUCAUCUGGUUCUGGUUCACGAUCCUGUCGAUUUUAUUGCUGGGUCUAGUAGUAUACCGAGCUGCCAUCAUUUUUGCACCAGUAGUGAGACCAAGACUGCUUCAUCUUUCAUCAAGAUUCGUCAACAAAGACACUUGCAAUAGUAUCUGCAAGAAGGUUGAACUCGGCGAUUGGUGGAUCCUUUACGUUCUGUCCACCAACAUGGAUGCGAAGAUCUACUGCAGCUUCCUAGAGGAAUUCACAAAGAGAAUGAGCGAUACGUUAACGAUCUCUGCUUAAAACACAUUUCGCUAUUUUAUAAAUAAGGUUUAAAAAAGACACCGAUUAAAAGACCGCGGAUAUAUGGACUGAUUCGUUGAUUGAAGCUCGUUUACUUCCCGGAUUCUCUCUUUCGUAAGUUCAAGAAACUAGAGAGCUAAAGGAGAAAUGAUUAAACGUUACAAGAAUUCGUAGAGGUAUUUUCCUAGCUAGCGCCCAGAGGGAACAAUUGCUAUAUAUGACUGACGUAGUAGACACACGAUGACACUCUGAUACCGCGUUAAAGUGACCAAUUUAGGAUCUCUGUGUGCGUGCGCAAAUGGAUGUUGGGUGCGAUAGCUGCGUAUGUGUACGCGCGCGUGAAUCAUUACAAUGGUUAUGUCCCGAGAGAGAAUUGUUCUGUAUCUCUUCAUUUAGUGUUC